AUGUCGUACUGCGCGGCGGCGGUCGCGCUGGGGGAGAUACUGCAGAGGGUGAGCGCGGACGUGAAGGAUUACGUGGUGGACGGGGACGGGGACGCGGCGCCGCCGGCGUCGUUGGCGCGAGCGUGCGCGCUGAUGGAGGCGCCCGAGGUGACCGCGGCGGUGGCGCGCGUGGCGACGGCGGUGGCGCACGGAGCGGCGGUCGGGGCGAGCGCGGGAGCGAGGAUGGUGACGAAACGAACGAGCGCGGGGGCGAGCUCGAGCGGCGGCGACGCGGCGGAGAGCGAUACGUUGAUGGAAUCCAUCGUCGACGCGCUGCUCGAACCGAAACGGUUGCGCGCGGUGAGCGACUUUGUGGGUGAAACGAGCAAGAGCUUGCUCGGCGCGAUGGUGAGCGUGGCGAAGGAUAACGCGGAGGUGCUGCGAGCGAUCGCCGGGUUCGACGACGCUGGCGACGGCGAGGCGGUUGAGCGUCCGAGCGCGGCGGAUCGCGCGGUGGCGUUCUUGGAGAAGUCGAAGAACAAAAAUUUAGUCGUAGACUUCGGUCGAGAGCUUGUGGACGCGGCGAUGACGACGUACGUGCGCACGAUGGGCGACGAUAACAUGUACGCCGAUAUGUUUGAGGCGGUUCGAAAUCCAGCCAACAAGGCGGUAUUCUUAGAGAUGAUGCACGCUAUGGUGGAAACGAGCGUUCGCACGUACGUCGUCGCGUCGAUGGAAAUGGCGAUGCACCCCGAUGAGAUGCUUCGCGGGGGCUCGUACGCGGCGUCAAAGCGAGACGAUUCGCCGACAAGUCCACUGGCUUCGCGCUUCACCCCGGUGGCGCAGACACCACCGCGCUCAAACGGAGUCCACAAUGCGCACACAGACGGAGAGAUUCACUCUCCCGCGCUCUUCGGGACUUGGAAAGAGUUGUUCCAGGCGGCGACGGAGACUCGCGAAAACCGUCGAUUGGUGCUCGCCACGACGGGCACGGCGACGAUGGCCGCGCUGCGAGGAUUCGCAAGCGGUACGUACGACGUCAUAUUUAAAGGCAAAUUUGCUGGCCACAGAAUGCACGUUCAGUACUGGGUUCUCGCCGUGUGCUUCGCGCUCGCGUCCGUAGUGUUGCUUCUUUUCACGCGUUUGUUUACGCUCUUCGCGCUCGCGCGUCUACCAACUUGA